UUUUAUCAAGAGGAUUUUUCAAACUAUAACAUAAUAAUACAGGAUAUUAAUCCGCUCGAGCUCGCUCCUCUUGAAGCGCUCGUCAAAGAAAAAUUCCACUCUUUGUACAAACGCAAGUAAUAUACGUAUCUUGCAAUCUUACACCAACCAAUAUCAACCGUCACGAUUACUGCCACGUCUGUGCCAAGACUCGGCCUCGCUAUGUGUGAUCUUUAAAGGCCGAAGCAAAAGUUUUCCUGGAAUGUGCCACCGCAGCACCGCGCAAUGGACAGCAAACCCAGAGGCUUUGGCACCCGAGUGAUUCCGCUUGGAGAGAUCGAGGUCCUCGAGGCCGAGCACCUGGAGAAGAUCUGGGAGACGAGCGAUGGAAGAGCUCUCUUUUACAAGCCUGUCCAGGUACCAGAUGGGUUUCAUGCGCUUGGCUGUCAUGCAAGACGAACAGAGGUACCUGAUAGCUUGCUGUUGUUAGUGCGAGGCAGCGGCGUCACCGCCGGUGCCUCCAAACCAGCUCCUCUCGCUCCACCCGUCGACUACUCACUCGUCUGGAAGAGCCCAGUUAGAAACGAGAAUGAGACGGCCAUGGCUUUCUGGUUACCUCUGCCUCCCGCUGGUUACAAGGCACUCGGCUUCGUCGCCAGCGUCACCAAGCCUGGAGUGGACGAGGUUGCCUGCGUUCGAGAGGAUCUCACCAGCGAUGCCACUAUCUCCAACUCCAUCUUGGCCUCUUCGUCCUCUUCCGUGUCCAGUUCUUCCUCUUCUGUUUUCACCGGAUUGUUCCAGUCCCUGUGGAGUAGACUUCUAAUGAGCAGUAGCAGCGUCGCCGACAACAACACCGUGGAAAGCUUCUACGUCUGGCAAACACGGCCGCGUGAGGUGGGAGUCACGGCCAAGGGGCUGAGCACCGGCACCUUCUACUGUUCCUCGUCCUCUUCAUCCCCUCUGCCUUCCAUAGCCACGCUCCAAAACGUGAGCUUUGAUCUGCCUUCCUCCAUGCCUAGCUUGCAGCAGCUCGAUGCUCUCGUCAAGCGCUACGCCCCGAUAAUGUUCCUGCAUCCGGACGAAGACUUCUUCCCUUGCUCCGUCGAGUGGUUCUUCCAAAACGGAGCUCUGCUCUACAGCAAACAGAACCCGUCCGCUCCGGUACAAAUCACUGCGAACGGUGCGAAUCUGCCGGGUGGCGAGACCAACGACGGGAGCUACUGGCUCGACUUGCCACGCGAUGCUGCAGCUGCCGAAAAAGUGAGAAGAGGAAAUCUAGAGAGCGCAAUCACGUACCUGCACGUCAAGCCGGUAUUUGGCGGAACGUUCACCGACAUGCAGUUCUGGUUCUACUAUCCUUUCAACGGCCCGGCAACUCUCAAAGUCGGGCUCAUCAACGUCAAGCUCGGGAAAAUCGGGGAGCACGUCUCUGACUGGGAGCACCUGACCCUUCGCGUGGACAACUUCACCGGGAAUUUGUCCAGCGUCUAUCUCGGACACCACAGCUCCGGCACCUGGUAUCAGCCUUCCGACUUGGAGUUUGAUAGCACCACCACCUAUAGGCCGUUUGUGUACGCGUCCAAGCACGGCCAUGCCCUUUAUGCUCAUCCGGGAGACAACCUCCAAGGCGACGAAGAACGCGGGCUCGGGAUACGCAACGAUACAAAGCGGAGCAGCUUCACCUGGGACGUUAGUAAACACCAGCUGAUAUCUGCAGCUUACUUGGGUGUAGAGGAGCCACCUUGGCUCCAGUUCAUGCGUGAAUGGGGCCCCAAGAUCCAGUAUAACUCCAGGACCGAGCUGGAAAAGGUGUUCAAAUUCCUUCCCAAAAAGAUAAGGAGGUCCAUCGAAGAUAUCUUUAACAGGUUUCCGAACGAACUGUCUGGCGAAGAAGGUCCCACUGGACCCAAGCAAAAAAACUUCUGGACGGGAGACGAAAGAUGAAUGAGGUAACCUGUUGUUGCAAGCAAAGAAAAAUUACAUAUGGGCGAAGUUCUGGUUGCGUAGGAACACUAACCUGAUCGACGCCAAGCUGUGUGGCCUGUAAUCUGUAUGGUACAAGAUUGUUCAUUUCUCUUCCUCGUCCGAAACAGUUGUGUCAAAAACUGGUUCCGGCUGAGUUUGUGCGUAUGCAGGAGCAAUAAACUUGGGAUCUUUUGCAGCAA